GAAAUCACAGGAGUUAUGCUGUAAACGCGCAUCACCGAUUUUCUCUCUCCUCUCGGGUAUUCUGUCUGCUAUCUUCUACUUUCCGUACUAUACUACACCUGGGUCAAAUCUUUGAAUCUUCGAAGACGACCUACUUUCACUCCCCACUUCACCUAAUCCCGCGCCUAUGAUGUAGCACUAUUUUCCUUACACCAGCAACGAAAAUGGUGUUCAAAGGCAGAUUUUUCUCGUCCAAGAAAUCAUCGGAUUCAGAUGGAUCCAACAGUCCUCGUCGAUUCAAUUCCCCAAUUAGAUCCGACAAGAAAAAGGGUAGAUCAUCUGAAAAAGAUUUAGCUAAAGAUAGUAGUAGCAAUUCAAGUAUUGCAGUUUCUAGUAAUUCGAAGCAGUCUGCAGUUGUUGCUAAGAAGAAGGAUGACAAAGGUAAGGAGGCUCGAAUUGAUGCUGGAUUGAAGCCGAAUUUUGGGUCACCCUCAGCUUCCGUGUCGCCGAUUCUUGCCUCGUCUUUGGGUUUGAAUAAGAUUAAGACGAGAUCCGGCCCAUUGCCUCAGGAGAGCUUCUUCGGGUUUCGAAACGAAAAGGGUGGUGUUGGUCUUGGGUCUAGUAAUCUUUCUAAGCCUGUUGCAACGGCUGUUAGUAGUGAUGGGAGUAGGUCCAGUGGGAAGAAGGAGAUGAGUUGGUUGGAAAAUGUUGCUGAGACUGGAAGUAAUUCUGAUAGUAUGUCUCCCGAGAGCAGUGGGACAGCUCCGAGCCCGAGUUUGUCGAAUGUAGGCCAGUUGCCACGGUCUAGACUGUCGUCUGGAGGAGGAGGAAACUUAAAUUCAUCAUGGGAGCAGCCCGGAGGCAUAAGUCCAGAUAUUUGUACUCCUGAGGGACAGAUGGCAUUUGAUUGUGAAACCCCAAAGGAGUCUGAAUCUCCUCGUUUUCAAGCCAUUCUUCGUGUUACAAGCGGGCCAAGGAAAAGAAAUCCGGCAGAUAUAAAAAGUUUUUCCCAUGAGUUGAAUUCUAAAGGAGUACGGCCUUUUCCGUUUUGGAAGCCUCGUGGUUUAAAUAAUCUCGAAGAGGUUUUAGUCAUGAUUAAAGGAAGGUUUGAGAAAGCCAAGGAAGAAGUAGACUCUGACUUGGCUGUUUUUGCGGCCGAUCUAGUUGGUAUUUUGGAAAAGAAUACCGAAAAUCAGCCUGGAUGGCAGGAAACUAUCGAGGACUUAUUGAUCCUAGCUCGGAGUUGUGCUAUGACAUCACCAAACGAGUUCUGGCUCCAGUGUGAAAGCAUAGUUCAGGAAUUAGAUGAUAGACGUCAGGAGUUGCCUCCAGGUAAGCUGAAGCAGCUUCAUACACGGAUGCUUUUCAUACUCACGCGAUGUACCAGAUUGUUGCAGUUUCACAAGGAAAGUGGAUUAGCGGAGGACGGACAUGCACUUCAGCUGCGCCAGUCAACGAUCUUGCAGUUUGCUGAAAAGAGGUUGCCUCCUGGAAAAGAUAGAGACAGAAAAAGUUCUUUUUCUGGAAAGAUUUCAAGGGGAUCAUCAGCACAAAAAUCCUUUAGUCAAGAACAACAUGGUCGUAGAUUACAUACUUCUGAUAUCUUUACUCCGGUUGAAACCACACAGAAAACUGAAUCUCCCUCUGGGAGGGAGCGGAUUGCUUCCUGGAAAAAACUCCCAUCUCCUGGUGUUAAAAAAACAGAAGCUUCUAUUGAAAUUGAUCAGAGUGAUGAUAAGUUAGAGCAAAUAAAAAUAUCUAAUAGACAAGAAAUUUCAGAUGCAGAUCCGUCUAUAAUGAAAGAAUCUGAGGUUCCUUCUUCAAAAGAUUCAGUUGCACAAGCGUUUCCUUCUUCUAAGCACCGGCAGAAAAAUUCCUGGGGUUACUGGGGAGAUCAGCCAAGUGUGUCAGAUGAAAGUUCCAUAAUUUGCCGAAUAUGUGAGGAAGAGGUUCUAACUUUACACGUAGAAGAUCAUUCAAAAGUAUGUGCAGUUGCUGAUAGAUGUGAUCAGAAAGGCUUGAGUGUCAAUGAACGCCUUUUAAGAAUUGCUGACACUUUAGAAAAAAUGAUUGAAUGUCCUUCCCAGAAGGAUUUUCAACCAGCAGUUGGGAGCCCUGAUGCUGCAAAAGUAUCAAAUUCAAGUGUUACUGAAGAGUCUGAUGCUUUUUCUCCCAAACUUAGUGACUGGUCUCGCAGAGGAUCAGAGGAUAUGCUAGACUCUUUUCCUGACACUGAUAAUGCUGUAUUUAUGGACGAUUUGAAAGGUUUAUCAUCUAUGUCUUGUAAGACUCGUUUUGGCCCAAAGUCUGAUCAAGGAAUGACAAAUUCAUCUGCUGGAAGCAUGACUCCUAGGUCUCCUUUGUUGACACCAAGAACCAGUCAAAUUGAUUUGCUUCUAUCUAGUAAAGGUGGUUAUUCGGAACAUGAAGAUCAUCCUCAGAUGGCUGAACUUGCAGACAUCGCUCGAUGUUCAGCAAAUGCCCUGUCUGAAGAUGAUCGUUCAAUGAAUUAUUUGCUCACAUGUCUAGAGGAUUUGAGUGUUGUUGUUGGCCGUCGGAAAUUUGACGCGCUUACUGUAGAGACCUUUGGAGCCCGAAUUGAGAAGUUGAUUAGGGAAAAAUAUCUACAACUAGUUGAGUUGCUUGAUAAUGAGAAGAUUGAUCUUGUGAGUACUGUAAUUGAUGAAGAUGCUCCUUUGGAAGAUGAUGUUGUAAGUAGUUUAAGAACCAGCCCUAUUCAUUCUACCAAGGACCGCACGUCCAUUGAUGACUUUGAGAUUAUGAAACCUAUAAGCCGUGGUGCAUUUGGUCGGGUUUUCUUGGCUAAGAAGCGAACAACGGGAGAUCUUUUUGCUAUAAAGGUGUUGGCAAAGGCUGAUAUGAUCCGCAAGAAUGCUGUGGAAAGUAUUUUAGCAGAACGCAAUAUUUUGAUUUCUGUCCGCAACCCUUUUGUGGUUCGAUUCUUUUAUUCGUUUACUUGCCGUGAAAACUUGUAUUUGGUAAUGGAAUAUCUUAACGGGGGAGAUCUAUAUUCACUGUUAAGAAAUUUGGGCUGCUUAGAUGAAGAUGUUGCCCUUGUCUAUAUAGCAGAAGUAGUACUUGCUUUGGAAUAUUUGCACUCUCUUCAUGUAAUUCAUCGUGAUCUGAAGCCAGACAAUCUAUUAAUUGCCCAUGAUGGUCAUAUCAAGUUGACAGACUUCGGGCUAUCAAAAGUUGGUCUCAUCAACAGCACUGAUGAUUUAUCUGGCCCUGCAGUUAGUGCGACAUCCAUCUUUGAAGAUGAUCAACCCCAAUUAUCUGCUUCAGAGAAGCAGCAAGAACGAAGGAAGAAACGUUCUGCGGUUGGAACACCUGACUAUUUGGCACCUGAGAUUUUGUUGGGAACAGGACAUGGAGCUACGGCGGAUUGGUGGUCUGUGGGGGUUAUUUUGUUCGAACUCAUUGUUGGAAUCCCUCCCUUCAACGCUGAACACCCCCAGAUAAUAUUUGACAAUAUCCUCAAUCGUAAUAUUCCUUGGCCUCGGGUACCGGAAGAAAUGAGUUGUGAAGCACAGGAUCUUAUUGACAAAUUAUUGACGGAAGAUCCUAAUCAGAGACUUGGAGCUAAAGGAGCAUCAGAGGUGAAGGCACAUCCUUUCUUCAGAGAUAUUAACUGGGACACUCUGGCAAGGCAGAAGGCAGCAUUUGUUCCUGCUUCAGAGAGUGCAGAUGAUACGAGUUACUUCACUAGUCGUUACUCUUGGAAUCAUUCAGAUGACCAUGUCAAUGCAGCUAGUGAAUUUGAAGACACCAGUGAUGAUGGCACUGCUAGUGGGAGCAGCGGCUGUCUGAGUGACAAACAAGAUGAAUUGGGAGAUGAAUGCAGGGGACUGACUGAGUUUGAAUCGGGCUCAGCUGUUAAUUAUUCCUUCAGUAAUUUCUCUUUUAAGAAUCUCUCUCAGCUUGCUUCAAUCAACAUUGAUUUACUUAGCAAAGGUUGGAAGGAUGAUCCGCCCCCAAUGUGACAACCAUAUUUUCCUCGAGUAAAAAACCCCGGGAUUCCCUGUUGAUUGUACAACCUGUAAAUAAAUAGAAGCAGCUCUUAGAGAACAUACGACCGGAUGUGGUCUUACCUCAUGCUCUGCAACAAGUUUCACAUUUAGGGGUUGCCGAUGUCGUUGAGGUUUUUUGUUCAAUUCCGGAACUUAGCAAAAUGUAAACCAUUGGUAACCUUUCUUUGGGGAAGAUUUGGGUUGGAUAGAGGGGCAUGAGGGUAUAAUGGUGUAUGUAUACUGUUCGAUUAGCCCGCAUAAUGUGUUACUUUUGUUUGUAAUAUCAAUGAAAAGCCCAUCCCCGUUAUUUGUCUCA